AUUAAAUGGAACAUACUUUACUUUGAGUAGCGGUAAGCUCAGCGAAAUAAUCGUUAAUUUUGCUAACUUAUUGCGUACCGGAAACUUCCUCAAUCCUUUGAACUUCGCGCCUACCUGAUUGACAGUAUUGACACACGUCAGGAGAGCUUCCUCCUUUCUGUCUGUCCGAAAAGUUUCGAUUUCCUUUCGUUAAAGUGCUUAGAAGAAAUGGCACCUACAAAGCCAAAAUCGGGUGAUAAACCCGCGGCAAAAAAGGAUGAGAAGAAGAAACCCGCUUCAGCACCGGCUGGUGGGUCUUCAGGAGCCGGUGGCAGCUCCAAAACUCCGGCUCCGGCCCCUAAGGCUGCAACUAAAGUGCCGUCAGCUCCAGCUGCAGGUAGCAGUAAACCUGCUGAGAAGAAGUCUUCCAGUGCAAAAGCUGCAAAACCUGCAGCUGCUGCGAAAUCCGCCCCUGCUCCUAAGGCUAAGGCCAGCACCACCUCAGCACAGAAACCCACCACUGCCAAGGCAGCCAAAGUAGCCAAGGGUGCAGCUAAGCCUGCUGCUAAGCCCACAGCAAAGGCUGCAGCAGGCAAGAAGCCAGCAGUAAAGGCUGCUGCAGGCAAAGCUGCAGCUGGCAAGGCUAAGCCUGCACAGAAGACAGUGGUGACAAAGGUGAAGAGGAACGUGUCCGUUAAGCAACAGCCAAAGGGUGCUGGUAAGAAGGUACCAACUACCCCUGCAGCUGCUGCUGCUGCAAAAGCUAAGAAGAUUCAAAAAAAGAUAAUAAAAGGCCCUAAUGGUACACGUGCACGCAAAAUCCGUACGUCAGUACAUUUCCACCGCCCCAAAACCUUUAGGCCACCAAGGAAUCCUAAAUACCCACGCAAGAGUGUACCCACGAGCCUUCACGAACGUCCAUGCUCAGAGGUAGAAUGCAUGCUUUUGUGA